AUGUCUCCCGCGUCUCAGCAUAAUGUUUUCAUCACAUACAACAAUCCCACCGAACUGAAGAGCAGACAGAACCGCCGUGCUGUCUCGUCAUUCGCAUCGAAAAGCUACCGGCCGACCUCCAAGCGCAUUGUCCUGGAGCGGACGCACUAUCGUCCGUUUGUGCGACGGUCCGAUGGAGAGAUACCGCCACCUACAGAUCCCAAAACGAAAAGGAAGAUACCUCAAAGUGGGAAGCAAGGACCUGCCUCGACAAACCCAGAAGAGGUCUUAACCCCUCGAGGAGUUCAGCCGCGGAAUGAUUGCAUUCUGGGGAGCCCUGUGGCGGACCCGUUCACAACUUACCCUAUCAACUACACACCCUACGUGCCAUUUCUGGUAGAUUAUUUUAUUCGAUUUCUUACUCCUCGUUUCAGCCCUGCGCUCGCCGUCGAGACCAGCCGCUAUCUUAUUUGGUUCAAUGUGGCCAUGCAUAACUCCGAGUUGUUCCACGCUCUGAUCGCCUUGAGUCAGGUGUACUACAACAUCGACGUCAAAGGGUUUGGCAACACCCACUGGACGGCACUGUUCCACCGAGGCGAAGCAUUGAAGCAGCUCAGGCACAAAGUGGAGACGGCCGAGAAUGCGGACGAUGAUGCUGCCAUCUUGACCGCUUUGUGGUUGAUGGACGUCGAUGCAAGUACCUUGGCGAGGAUGUAG